AUGUUUAAGAAUGAAAUUCUUUAGAAUAACAUAUUUCUUAUAAUGUCACUCUAAGAAAAUUGUAGCAUAUGCUUCGAGGAUUUUGAAGAUCCUGUUAAAUUACCUUGUAAUCAUAUUUUCUGUCGAGAUUGUAUCGUGGUUGCUCUUGAACAAAGACAGAGUUGUCCAAUAUGCAGACGACUAUGUUGUAACUAUAUUAACUCGCCAUUUCUUUCCAUCACUCAACCUGAGGAAAGUUUGCAUGAGCAGGAGGGGGAUCCUUGCUUCAUUUACAGAAUAACUAUCCAUCACAACGCUUAAGCUCAAUUUAAUUUCUUUGAAAAAAGAUAUGUUGAAAUGAUAACAGAAGCUUUAAAAAAAAACUUGACUUUUAUAAUUGAUCCUCAAUACAAUGACUGUUGCAUGAGAGUUAAACUAAUUGAAUGUGUACCAGUUCAUCAGCAUUCAAUUUACGUCUGCACAGUAUAGAAUAUCCAACGUCUAAAAAUAGUUGGAUUUUCUGAAAGAAAUAUAAAGGAUUCUGAUUCUAAACUAAAAUAUGCAACUACACAAUCAAUAAUUGACAAUUUCGAUUAAGAAACUUUAAUUCUCUACUAGAAAUUACAUACAUGCAUUGAAGAAAUAAUCCAAAUAUUGUCUUUGAAUGAAAACGCAAAGAGCCAACUGCUAGCACUAGCUGGCAAAAAGGAGGAAACCUCACCAGAAAAAAUAUCGAAACAUUCAUUAGAAAUGUUAUAAACUAUAUAGAUGUGUGAAAAUGGACUUUUAAAAUGGUAUUACAGUACCGACAUUAAUGGAAGAUUGGGGGUGAUUCUCAAACAUUACGAAUCCUAUCUGAAUUAUUGUUAGAACUAAUGAUUAUCAUAUUUUAUAUAUUUUUUAUUUUCAAACGUUCAUUUU